AUGACUCUCGCUAUGUGGUCUUAUAGACUGCGCAAAACGCCAAUGCUAGCUUUAGUUCUUCCCUUGGCACUACUAGUAACACUUCUCUGGGUGUUUCUCAGCAAAGAAGAAUCUCUCCUUGGUUUAGAAGGCUCUUCUAUCAGUGACCACAAGUGGGCACACGAAACCGAAAAGACGUUCUAUUUCCCGUACACGAAGAAAUUCAAACAGCCCAAGUACACGUACAAGAAGAAAUCCAACUGGUUGUUCAGUGAUACCGUUGAGGACAAUAUCCCUGCUGGCCACAUUACUCACUUUGAUCUCAAUAAGUUGGAGUCCACCGCAAAUGCGGCCGUCAAUCGAGAACAAGUCUUGAUCCUGACCCCUAUGCAGACUUUCCACGAUGAAUACUGGAAUAAUCUACUGCAGAUGACUUAUCCUCGUGAAUUGUUGGAGCUGGGGUUCAUUAUUCCCCGUACAUCAACAGGCGAUACCGCACUUCGCAAACUCGAAGCAGCUGUAAAAAAGGUCCAACUGGGAAAGAAGGAGCAGCGAUUUGCCAAAAUUACGAUUCUUAGACAAGAUUCGCAGAGUUUUGAUUCUCUGUUGGAAAAAGAAAGACAUGAACUAAAGGUUCAGAAGGAGAGGCGUGCGGCAAUGGCUCUAGCUCGUAACGAGUUACUGUUCUCCACUAUCGGCCCACACACGGCCUGGAUCCUGUGGAUGGAUGCUGACAUUAUCGAAACGCCUCCAACAGUCAUCCAAGAUAUGACUGCUCACGACAAGGCCGUUUUAUCUGCCAAUGUCUUUCAGAGAUACACAGAUGACGGAACCGGAAAAGCUGCCAUUCGUCCUUAUGAUUUCAACAACUGGGCGGAAAGCGAAAUUGCUCUCCAAUUGGCUGCUAAAAUGGCCGACGAUGAGGUUCUUUUUGAAGGUUAUCAAGAGAUUCCAACUUACCGGCCAUUGAUGGCUUACCAAUUCUCCGAAUCAGGUCCUGUCAAUGCUGAAACUCAACUUGAUGGUGUUGGAGGUGGUUGUACUUUAGUCAAGGCAGAAGUCCACAGAGAUGGUGCCAUGUUCCCCAGUUUCCCAUUCUAUCAUCUGAUUGAAACAGAGGGAUUUGCAAAAAUGGCUAAGAGACUUGGAUACGAAGUUUUUGGCUUACCAAACUACCUUGUUUUCCACAUUGAGGAGUAA